AAGAAGAAGAAGAAGAAGAAGACAGGACGUGACGUAGGAGCAGUUGAUGUAAAAUGGCGAGGGUUCGUGUGUUGCUCAAAACAUAAACGGAGGAGCUCAAACAGAAGACACAAAUACAGAGACAAACACGUGUUUUAAUACAUCAAUAUCAACUGCUCUGUGAUCUGUUGGAUCCUACCAAGCUUAGUGUCGGUGAUGGAAGGCUCAGUCAUGGCCGAGGAGGCUACCGUCGGCGCUACCGUCCCCACGGACGGCAUCGUGGGCCUGGAUGAACCCAAGAAGAUGACCAGGGAGGACUGGAGGAAGAAGAAGGAGCUGGAGGAGCAGAGGAAGCUGGGAAACGCUCCAGCUGAGGUGGACGAGGAGGGGAAGGACAUAAACCCCCACAUCCCACAGUAUAUUUCAUCGGUGCCGUGGUACAUCGACCCGUCCAAAAGGCCCACACUAAAGCAUCAGAGACCCCAGGAUGAAAUUGAGGCACAAUUCUCUACCAUUGGAGAGUGGUACAAGAGAGGAGUGCAAGAGAAUGCUGUCACCACUAAAUUUCGUAAGGGAGCUUGUGAAAACUGUGGUGCCAUGACACACAAGAAGAAGGACUGCUUGGAGCGACCCAGAAAAGUUGGGGCGAGGUUCACAGGCACCAGCAUAGCUCCAGAUGAACACAGUCAAGUAUCGCUCGAUUUGGACUACGAUGGGAAGCGAGAUCGCUGGAACGGGUACAACCCUGAGGAUCACCACCGCAUAGUGGAAGAGUACGCCAAAGUAGAUCUGGCCAAAAGGACACUGAAGGCACAGAAGCUUCAGGAUGAGUUGGCAUCAGGGAAACUGGACCAAACCGAGCGGGAGCACAACAGUGAGGAUGAGGAUGAAGAUAAAUAUGCAGAUGAUAUCGACAUGCCCGGUCAGAACUUUGACUCCAAGAGACGAAUCACUGUUAGGAAUCUGCGUAUCAGAGAAGACACGGCCAAAUACUUGAGGAAUUUGGAUCCAAAUUCAGCAUAUUACGAUCCAAAGACUCGAGCUAUGAGAGAGAACCCGUACUCCAACACUGGCAUGAACCCAGACGAGGUGGGGUAUGCUGGAGACAACUUUGCUCGUUAUAGUGGUGCCACCAUCACCAUGGCUCAAACACAGUUGUUUGCCUGGGAGGCCUAUGAGAGAGGCUCUGAGGUGCAUCUGCAGGCUGACCCCACCAAGCUGGAGCUGCUCCACCGGUCCUUCAAGGUCAAGAAGGAGGACUUUAAAGAGAAACAGAGGGACGGCAUCCUAGAGAAGUACGGAGGUGAAGAGCACUUGGACGCACCACCGCGGGAACUGCUCUUGGCCCAGACGGAGGACUACGUGGAGUACUCCCGUCACGGCGCUGUGCUGAAGGGGCUCGAGAAGGCCGUGGCUCGCUCCAAAUAUGAGGAGGACGUGCUCAUCAAUAAUCACAUCUGUAUUUGGGGCUCCUUCUGGAAGGACGGCUUCUGGGGAUACAAGUGUUGUCACUCCAUGGUCAAACAGAGUUACUGCACAGGAGAGACUGGAAUUGGAAUAAACAACACAGACUGUGUUCCGUUUGAAGAGGGACUGAUGGAGCCAGAGGAGGAAGAAAUGCCCAAGUCUCUGCUGGAAAUGCAUCGAGAUAAGAUAAUGAAAGAGAAGAAAAAGAAGAACAAGAAGAACAAGAAGAACAAGAAGCACAGCUCUGACGGCAGCGAUUCAGAGGAUGAAGAGAAGAAGAAGGAGAAGCUGAGAAAGGCACUAGAAGCAGAGGACAAGCGGGUGAAGCACAUUGACGCAAUAAUGCUGGUGGAUGAGAGGAAGAGGCCGUACUCCAGCUUGCAGGAAGUAAAGGCGCCAACGGAGGAGGAGAUGGAGGCCUUCCGCAUGAAACGCUUGCGGGAAGAUGAUCCCAUGGCUUCCUUCCUGGGACAGUGACUCCCCUAAUCUCUUCUCAUGGACUCUUUCCAGAGCUGUCGCUCGGUGAAAAAAACAUGUCCCAGACUCAUAAAACUCAACUUUCAUCUUGUAAACUUACUGCAGGAGGCUUCUGUUUGGCUACGAACGUAACUGAGACUGUGUACAGCGUUUUGUUAAUUUCAUUUUGAAGACUUUUUUUUUUAGACGGACCACAAUAAUGAUAUAUGCUUUCGUUUGUACUUAAACAGUUCCAUGUGAAAAAAA